ACUAACAUUUUGUAUUAUUGUAACAAUUUGAAUAACAACACAUACUUUUUUAUUAUAUUCGAAUUAUCCUUAUAAACAAGCGUUUUGUUAAUACAACUUCGUUAAUAUUGCAAGCAGCGUAAAUUUUGAUGAUACUUUAUGACAUUUCUAAUAAGAACUGAAUUUUGAUAAAGAUGAUAAUAAAGUUGGAAAUGUUUGUUUUCAAUUACGCAUGCGUAAGAAAACGAAAACAGGUUUUCUCGAUACAUUUUGAUGCUAUAGACAUUGGUAUUUUGAUACGAUGCAGUAAGAAGCAUUGUAUUACUUGUUACUGUUGUUACUUGAAGAGUUGACCAUUAGAGAUAAUAAAUAUUUUAAUUAACUAAACGUUACAUGAAACUGUCCGUUAUUAAUGUUUGAAGUAUUUUAGAAAAAUUUUAACGAGUUCUAAUGAAUCGAAACUUCGAAUUUAUUUGUUAUGGUCAUGUAAUAAUUUUUUGUUCUUUCAUGUACAAUUUUUGAGUUUAAACAACUAUCAACACGAUAACGUGCACAUAUAAAAUUAAGUGAAAAUGCGAACAGAUUAUGUACAGGAUGUUCAACCAAAGAAAAGGCAGAAUGAACUUUUAUAUAGAUAUGGAUAUUUUCUAUCAAUGCUUUUAUGUAUGAUGCUUGCCUCACUUAAGCCACAUUUUGGUAAAACAAAUGGUGUUCUGAAUGGAAAUAUUAUUAUUCGAUAUUUUGCUGUUCCUUUAACGUACUUAGAAGCAGGCCUAUUAUGUGAUCCAAAAACACUUUAUUUAACAUUAAGCAAUGGUUCUCUCUUAAUAUUUACAAUGACUUUCAUAUAUAUUUUAAUGCCCUUUCUGAUGAGAGUUGGAGUAUGUUUAUUGACUUAUGCCAAUGUCAAUGUGUGGUUAUUGAAAGGAAUGGAAGUACUUUACUGUAUGCCACCUCCAUUUAAUACAAGUUUUGUUUUGUGUCAAUUGGCACAAGCAGAUUUGUCAACAAGCAUUGUGAUUACUUUAGUAUCUCAUUUUGGAGGAUUAUUUAUAUCUCCUAUAUUAUUAUACUUUGUGUUAGGGGCAUCUACACCUCCCUUAGUUGGUGUGAAUGUAAAGGAAACCAUUUAUAGUACAAUUGUACCAUUAAUUAUUGGUAUUGCAAUUCAAAUUGUGAUCUUAAAGUAUGAUGUUUGUUUCAAAAUUAAGUCACCUUGGUUUUCUCAAGGACUAUUAUUAGCUACAGCAUAUCAUUGGUUUUGUGAUGCUGUGUUGGUAGACGCAUCAUCUUUGCAAGCUACUGAUGUGUUAUUAUGCGUAUUACUUGCUUGCGUGGGACAACUAUUUGUUAGCUGCUUGUGUUGGAUUUUGUGCUCUCGGUGGUUACCUCGGAAUAUCUUGCUAGCUGCACUUUUUACAAGUACUCACAAAUCAGUUGGUCUUGGAAGCUGGGUUUUACGUGGUGCUUAUCAUGGUUCAGCCCAUGGUCCUGCAGUAAAUUUACCAUUGUCUGUACUACCAGUUGCACAAUUGCUGUUAGGUAGUUUAUUAGCUAGUUGGUUGUCUCCAUAAUGUAAAAUACGUUAUGUGAUUAAUUUGAAUAAUUUUGUUUGUAUACUUUGCAUUCCAUGUGAAAUUGCAUGUAUAUACUAUUUGUUGUUUAUGUAAAUUUCCUUUGAUUAUAUGUAUUUUUUGUGUACUUCCUAGUAUAUAAGCUUUUUAAUAAGAACAUUCUUUCCUUUCUUCUCUUAUGUUUGUUAAUGUACUUACAUAAUAGCGAAACAUUGAAAAUAUAUACUAUAUUACUUUUUAUAGUAGUAAAAUAUUGUAAGGUAUUUCGGUACGUAUUACUAGAAUACUUAAAAAUGUAAUUAAUCUGUUUAUUUAAUGAUCACGUUCAUUAUAGAAAAGGAUGCCUUAACAAGUAGUAUUCAAACAUGGAGUUAAGAAAUAAAAAAGGCUUAAGUAGAUUAAGAUCUUAAAUUUUAAUAUAUAAAAAUCGUAUGAAAAUUAUUUACAUAAUGUAAUUUGAAAGUGUUUAAAGAAAACGUUUAACAAAAUAUUGGGUAGGAUUUUACUCAAAAUUGUUUUCAAAAUGUAUCAAAUAAGUUUAUUUAUAUGUAUAACGAAAUGCCAAAGGCUUUGAAACAUAGUCUGUGAUUCUUUUUCUUUAAAUUUCACGCAGGGUGUAUAUGAACUUUAUUUAUUGCGAAAUUUAAUACUUACCUUGGAAACUAAUUUAAAAAAUUUGUAUAUAACAAUUAUAUAUUAUUUUUUCAGUAUAUAUUGAAACAACUAGUGUAAAAUUAUGCAUGAAUAAGUUUUUUUCAGUUCUAAUCAACUUAGCUUCAUUGACAUUUGAUAAAAGGAAAUCAUGACAAUUAUACAUUACACUGUACAUCAUUACAGGAACAAUUUUAAAUAGUACAUUAAGUGAAAGUAAAAAAGAAAAACCAAUUACACUACUUAAAAGCGUUGUACGCUAAAUCUUAUGUAAUAAUUAUAUAAUAAAUUGUAUUUGUAUCUUACAAGUUAUAAA